UGCGCCUGCGCACAGCGCGCUCUCGCCUGAGGAGCCGCAGUAUCGGGAGCGCCAAGGCGGUGUUUCGGUAGUCUCUGACCCGCCUCUCCCGCGAACCCGGCGUCGUUGGACCGCACCGCGGACGGGGACGUCCGCCGGUCACGGAGGUCGUCACAAUGCCGAUCAAUAAAUCAGAGAAGCCGGAAAGCUGUGAUAAUGUGAAGGUGGUUGUUAGAUGCCGGCCCCUUAAUGAGAGAGAGAAAUCAAUGUGCUACAAACAGGCUGUCAGUGUGGAUGAGAUGAGGGGAACUAUCACUGUGCAUAAGACUGAUUCUUCCAACGAACCUCCAAAGACAUUUACGUUUGAUACUGUUUUUGGACCUGAGAGUAAACAGCUGGAUGUUUAUAACUUAACUGCCCGACCUAUUAUUGAUUCUGUUCUUGAAGGCUACAAUGGGACUAUUUUUGCAUAUGGACAAACUGGAACAGGCAAAACGUUUACCAUGGAAGGUGUUCGAGCUGUUCCUGAACUUAGAGGAAUCAUUCCAAAUUCAUUUGCUCACAUAUUUGGUCAUAUUGCAAAAGCAGAGGGUGAUACAAGAUUUUUGGUUCGAGUGUCUUAUUUGGAAAUAUAUAACGAAGAAGUUCGUGACCUUUUGGGCAAGGAUCAGACACAGAGGUUAGAGGUUAAAGAAAGACCUGAUGUGGGAGUUUAUAUCAAAGAUUUAUCAGCUUAUGUGGUAAAUAAUGCUGAUGACAUGGAUAGAAUUAUGACACUGGGCCACAAAAAUCGUUCUGUUGGUGCAACUAAUAUGAACGAACACAGUUCCCGUUCCCAUGCCAUCUUUACAAUUACUAUAGAAUGCAGUGAAAAAGGCGUUGAUGGUAACAUGCAUGUGAGGAUGGGAAAGCUCCAUCUUGUAGAUCUUGCUGGUUCAGAAAGACAAGCAAAAACUGGAGCUACUGGACAGCGCCUAAGAGAAGCUACAAAAAUCAAUCUUUCGCUUUCCACCCUUGGUAAUGUAAUUUCCGCCUUGGUUGAUGGAAAAAGCACUCAUGUGCCUUACCGUAACUCUAAAUUGACUCGUCUUCUUCAGGAUUCCUUAGGAGGAAAUUCAAAAACCAUGAUGUGUGCAAAUAUUGGGCCAGCAGAUUACAAUUAUGAUGAAACCAUCAGUACUUUACGAUAUGCUAAUCGUGCUAAGAAUAUUAAAAAUAAAGCCAGAAUUAAUGAAGAUCCAAAGGAUGCUUUGCUUCGUCAAUUUCAGAAAGAAAUAGAAGAACUGAAAAAAAAGCUUGAAGAAGGGGAAGAAAUAUCAGGCUCUGAUAUCAGUGGGUCAGAGGAGGAAGAUGAUGAAGAGGGUGAGAUUGGAGAAGAUGGAGAGAAAAGGAAAAAAGAAGGGGGCAGUAGCAGCAGCAGUAGUUCAGACUCCACAUGUUCUGUCAUAGAGAAACCUCUGGAUAAGUUCUUGCCUAAUCAAGCAGGUAAAAAGAAAGUUUCCCCAGAUAAGAUGGUUGAAAUGCAAGCAAAAAUUGAUGAGGAGAGAAAAGCACUUGAAACAAAGCUUGACAUGGAAGAAGAAGAAAGAAACAAGGCUAGAGCUGAGUUAGAGAAACGGGAAAAAGAUCUUCUUAAGGCCCAACAAGAGCAUCAGUCUUUGCUAGAGAAAUUAUCUGCACUGGAGAAGAAGGUAAUUGUUGGUGGUGUUGAUUUAUUGGCGAAAGCUGAGGAACAAGAGAAACUUCUUGAAGAAUCAAAUAUGGAACUGGAAGAAAGGAGGAAAAGAGCAGAGCAACUUCGCAGAGAACUUGAGGAAAAAGAGCAAGAACGCUUGGAUAUUGAAGAAAAGUAUACCAGUUUGCAAGAAGAAGCACAAGGAAAGACCAAGAAAUUAAAGAAAGUUUGGACUAUGCUGAUGGCUGCGAAGUCAGAGAUGGCUGAUCUCCAACAAGAACAUCAGAGGGAAAUUGAAGGCCUCCUGGAGAACAUUCGACAACUUAGCCGGGAGCUUCGACUUCAGAUGCUUAUUAUUGAUAACUUUAUACCUCAGGAUUAUCAGGAAAUGAUUGAAAACUAUGUCCACUGGAAUGAAGAUAUCGGAGAAUGGCAGCUAAAAUGUGUUGCCUACACAGGAAAUAACAUGAGAAAGCAGACUCCAGUUCCUGAUAAAAAGGAGAAAGAUCCCUUUGAAGUGGACCUUUCCCACGUGUAUCUUGCCUAUACUGAGGAGAGCCUCCGGCAGUCCUUGAUGAAAUUAGAGAGGCCACGGACUUCAAAGGGGAAAGCAAGGCCAAAGACAGGGAGAAGAAAGCGUUCUGCAAAGCCUGAAACUGUAAUUGACUCUUUACUUCAGUAACUGUUACAGACUUAAAGUCACAAUAAAAAUUAGUGAUAUUCUCAUGCCUGGGCAAAAUCUUUAAU